GAAGAAAAACAGGAUCAGACGGGGAAGAGAAAACAUGGAGGAAUUAGCUCGCUGGAUGAGGGAAGCCAGCUGCUGGCUGUGGAGCUGCUGCUGCGAUGAUAAACAGAAGGAGGAGGAAGAGGAGGACAACGAGACGAAGCAGAGUGUAAAGGAUGGAGGACCAGAGGAGGACGACGACAGUCCAAGGAGCUGCAGGAGCUGGACUUCUAUCCCGCCUUCUGUGGUGGAUCGUGAACCUACCAACCCACCUGGGCCUCAGCCUCACUGGUUCCACACUUUGCAAGUCAGACGGUUCAGGGUUCCAAGAGGACGAAGCAACAGUGACCCGCUGAGAGCAGCGACCGUGCAGGAAUGUUUCCCCUGGAAAGCGGGUCUGGAGUUUGGAGCAGCGCACUCAUACCUGAGUCUGGAGAAGUUGGGAGAAGGAGCGUUUGCGUCCGUCUACAAAGGCAUCAGCAGGAUAAACGGGAAGCUGGUGGCUCUGAAGGUGAUUCGUAUGAAGACAGAGGAGGGGGUCCCAUUCACUGCCAUCAGAGAAGCGUCUCUUCUAAAACAUCUGAAACAUGCCAACAUCGUCCUCCUUCAUGACAUCAUCCACACCAGUGAGACACUCACCUUUGUCUUCGAAUAUGUGCAGACAGAUCUGGCCCAGUACAUGAUGCAACACCCCGGAGGACUUCAUUCCCACAAUGUGCGGAUCUUUAUGUUCCAGCUGCUCCGCGCUCUUACCUACAUCCACAGUCGCAGGAUCCUGCACCGAGACCUGAAGCCCCACAACCUGCUCAUCAGCUACCUAGGCGAGCUCAAACUAGCCGACUUUGGUCUGGCUCGGUCAAAGUCCAUUCCCACUCAGAACCUCUCCUCAGAAGUGGUGACACUGUGGUAUCGGCCACCUGAUGUUCUGUUGGGAUCCAUAGAUUAUUCUACGGCUCUUGACAUGUGGGGGGCAGGCUGUAUCUUCAUAGAGAUGCUGCAGGGAUCCCCAGCGUUUGCAGGAGGUUCUGAUGAGCUGGAGCAGCUGCAGAACAUCUGGACGGUUCUGGGCCUCCCCUCAGAAGACAACUGGCCUGGAGUCAGUCUGCUGCCUAAUUAUAGACCAGACUGGUUUAUUCACUGCAAGCCAAAGCAGUUUAGAAAGGUUUGGAAAAGGUUGGAACAACUUUCCUAUAAGACAGAGGACCUGGUCCAGAAGAUACUGAAGCUGGUUCCGACAGAGCGGAUUUCAGCUCAGGAGGCUAUGCAGCAUCCUUAUUUUAGCACGCUUCCUGCUCCCAUCAUGCACCUCAGAGACAUUGUGUCCAUCUUCAAAGUUUCUGGAGUUCGCCUGGAGACUGAGGUUAGAGACAUCUUCAACCCCGGACGGAGACUGAAAUCUUCACUGCUUCCUGCCGCCAACUGUUGGUGACCAAAUUGUCCAAUCAGAACAACCAGACCUAAUAAGACAAGAAAAAGAGCAAACUAACCCUUUAGAUGGGCUUAGUUUACGCUCUCCAACCACCUUCAUGAGUGGAUGGAGAGAUGUUUCCAUAAAAAGAUGAAUUCAUUGAAAUGUGUACAAAUGAAAUGUUACUAAAUAUAAAUUGUCUGUCAUUCUAAUUUAAAGUGGUGGAAUCCUCCAGUUUCCUUCCUGUUAUCCUUGCUUUUUACCUUCUGUAAUUUCAUUUAUCCUAACCUCAGACAUUCUAUGUGUUCAGGUUCUAGUUGCAGAGAGCCUGAAUAAAAUGUUGACAGUCUGCAGUAUGUAUCAGUUUUCCAGUUCUUUGACAUGCAGCUGAUCUGGAGCAGAAAUUCUCUUGUUUAGACGUGUUUUGGCUCUGGAACCAGUUUGAUAUAUAACACAGAGCGUAAUAGCUUUUGUUGUUUUUCCUGACAAACGUCUUGCCUCUGCAGGCUCCAGCAUGUCUCGUGCCUGCUUCAGGGUCUUAGACCAUAUUCAGAGUUUAAUUCAUGUUUGUGUGUGCCUCACAAUUCACUCUCUCCUCAUUUCUCUGCUUCUCUUUCUGUCCUCUCCCCUUGUGAUCACAACAUCUAAACUGCAUCAGACUGCAACACAGGGUCGUACUCCAACAGGUCCGGUACCUGUGCCUUUUCCAUGUGCACUUUUAUGCUUUUUGUGCAGCAUCAUAUUCAGUAAAUUAGAAUCUGGGUUCUGAUGAGGCUCAUUUGUCACUUUAAAGGCAUCCUUUGAAAAUAACCUUUAAGCAGAUUACUUGUUUUCUCUCUUGAUAACUUUCCUUUUCUGUGCUGUUGUGUUUGUGUGUGGUGGCGUCUGGUUGUGGGUGUUACUGGUGGCGGUUUCUAUUUUGUGUGUGCAUGUGUAGGGGAGGCCUGAAUCUUGGUGGCAGGAUGAGAUUGGGAGAACAACUUUCUGUUGACCAUUUUAAUUAACUCUCCUUGAAGUACUGUUGCACGGCAUAUGAAAUCAAACUAUUCAAGUAAGUGCCUGUUUUCCUAAGCUUGUGAAAUGGAACAAUAAAGACUACACAGCAGUGAUUCAACACGUCAUCAGUACAGCCAUGUCUUAGCUUGCCACAGCGUUUGGUUGAAUAUUUGAGUUUUUAGUGCCGCAUCAUUUUGUCAAGAGAAAUAAUUAAAGUGCAGAUUCUAAUUUGGUGUUGAGACAAGAACGUUUGAGAUCGCCUUCAAAGUUGUAAAAUGAUUUGCAUUUUAAAUUAUUGUUUGAACACAUACCAAUCAUUGUUAAUUAGUAUUGAAACUAAUUUGACCUUAUUUCUAAAUUCCUGAAAAUGAACCUUGGUUCUCAAACAUAAUCAUAAACAUCCACAUUGAACUGUCAUAUCAUCGCACCAGUUUUCUUGGUUAUGGUUUUCAGCCAUUUUAUUUGUUCCCUUUUUGCUUCAUUUGGAUAUAGAUUAUAAGAUUCCUUUAUGCCUUCAUGUUUGCUCAGUAGUUUUAGUUAAUGUUUACUAGACUAUUUAGUUGGUUAUUUGUUGACUGAAAUAUGUUUUACUUGGAGUUGAAUGGUUUCUCUCAAUAAAUUCUUGCAUUUUA